AUGCCCGGCGGCAAGGGAAAGUCUUCUGGUGGCAAGAGCUCGGGCGGCAAGACGAGCGUCGAGGGCCACAAGAAGCAGCAGAGCCACUCUGCUCGCGCCGGUCUGCAGUUCCCCUGCGGCCGUGUCAAGCGUUUCCUCAAGCAAAACACCCAGAACAAGAUGCGCGUCGGUGCCAAGGCUGCCGUGUACGUAACCGCGGUUCUCGAGUACCUGACUGCCGAAGUCCUCGAGCUGGCAGGCAACGCCGCCAAGGACCUCAAGGUCAAGCGCAUCACGCCGCGCCACCUCCAGCUCGCGAUUCGCGGUGACGAGGAGCUCGACACGUUGAUCCGCGCCACCAUCGCCUUUGGUGGUGUCCUGCCGCACAUCAACCGCGCGCUGCUGCUCAAGGUCGAGCAGAAGAAGAAGGCCAAGGCCCUCGAGGCGUAA